AUGUCGGUCGACCGCCGCAAGGUUGCUGUGUUCGGGGCAGCCUUUGUGUUGCGGCUGCUGCUCAUCGGUCUUUUUCCUUCAUUGCCUGACUUGCUGACCGGUCGAGUCGAGGUCUCAACCCCGGUCAACAGCUUCAAACGAUUACAAGAGGGCUUGUUUCUGUACACUCGGAAUGUUUCGCCCUAUGAUGGCGGUGUUUUCCACCAGGCACCCCUCCUAUUACCGCUCUUCGCCCUACUCCCCGAUGUGAGGAGCUCGCCUCUCCCCACGGCCAUCUUCUAUUUCCUGGUUGAUCUGGUCAACGCGCAUGCCUUGAGCACCAUCUCCGAGUCGGGUCAAUCUAUUCAAGGAAAACUACACUCUGCUGUUCGGAAGCAUAUUCGGUGGGAUGGGGUCUCGGUUGCCGCUUGGUUCCUGUUUAACCCUUUUACUAUUGCAACAUGCUUGGCCCGGUCAACGAGUGUGUUUACUACAUCGGGGAUUCUUUUCGCGGUGUCAAAUGCUGUUGGUGGGAACAAUGUGAACGCAAUGCUGGCUCUCGGCUUUGCAUCCUAUCUGUCUCUCUACCCGGCAUUGCUCUUCAUUCCAUUGAUCCUCCUCUGUUAUGACCAGCGGACGCAGAACCCGUUGCCCAAUGUUGCAGUGUUCGUGGCACAGCAAGGGGCCAUUCUUCUAGCUAGUGUGUCUGGCCUACUCGGCCUGUCAUAUCUGAUCACUGGCAAUUUCUGGGAGUUUAUGUCUGCAACCUAUGGCUUCCAUCUCCUGGUUCCUGACCUGACCCCGAAUGUGGGUCUUUGGUGGUACUUUUUCAUCGAGAUGUUCGACUCCUUUCGAGAGUUCUUCCUCGGGGUCUUCUGGCUGCACCUGGCCAGCUAUGUCGGGGGCAUGACCGUGCGGCUACGACGGCAACCGCUGUUCAUCAUUACCUCGCUCCUGGGGGUGUUUGCAAUUUUCAAACCGUAUCCUAGCAUUUCCGAUGCUUCUCUGUUUUUUGCACUGCUGCCGUUGUAUCGGCAUCUUUUCCCAUUGAUGCGGUAUACAUUUGUCGCCAUCUCUGUGCUCCUAUACUCGACUUUGCUGGGCCCUGCCUUCUAUCACCUGUGGAUCUAUGCGGGAUCUGGCAACGCCAACUUCUUUUAUGCCAUCACUCUGGUCUGGAGUCUGGGCCUGUCUAUCUUGCUAGCCGACAGCAUCUUUGCGGCGCUGAGGGACGAGUGGGAGCAGGCACACCCCGAAGCCCAAGGAGUGGAGGUAAAACAAGUGUGA